UUCUCGUCCGCACCGUUAGUCACGUGACUUUUUGCACGAGCUUUUCGUGGGCACUACCUCGUGGCACAUUCACGCUGAAUGUAGCCUAGCGGUACACGAUGGACGACACGGAUAAUGAUUUAUUUAUAACGCAGUCUCAAACUGUCGAAAAAGAUGAUGAUGAUGAAAGUUGUCAUGAUGAUGACUUUUAUUACCGUUUUAAGGACCCAUCGGAUGAACAAACUCGAUCUGAGAAGUUUGAACAGCGUGUUCCAAAGUCUACCAAAGUCUACCAAAUAUAAACUUGACUGGGCACUUUCAGUAAAUUCAAGAGAUGGCAAGAAGAGAGGCGGAACCGGCUCAUGAAGGAUUAUAUUAACUUGCCAAUGGAAUGUCUACAGUCGCAGGUAUCAGAAAUGAGUGCUUCCGGAUUAAAUACGGCAAUUAAAUAUUUCGUUUUUGAAGCUGCCAAGCAAGACGGGACCGACUAUCCUUCUAGUACAAUCUACGCACUAUUUGGGGCCAUCCAGUCACACCUUAAGGGCAUGUAUUCGGGUUUAAACAUAUUUGAGGAUGAAGAGUUCCGAGAGGCCAGGGCUGCUCUGGAUGCAGUUAUGAAAGAAAGAGCGGCCAUUGGUCUGGGUGUGUCAGCGAGAAAAGCAACAGAGAUAAUUACUGACAAGGAGGAAAACACACUGUGGGAGAAAGGUGUGUUAUGUGAUGACAACCCCCAAAAGCUGGUGGACAGCAUUUUGUACUUAACUGGUCUACAUUUCUCGCUCAGAGGCGGAAAUGAGUAUCGACGAUUGCGUCUUUAUAAGGAUCCUCAGAUUACUGGACCAUACACUGACGCCAACGGAAGGUCUUAUUUGGUUUACAAAGACGAUGUGUCGGAAAACAACGCUGGCUGUCUUACGCAGAGAAAAGUGAGAGCCUAUGUGAAUCGAUUAGAUCCAGACAGAUGUUAUAUCCGGCUUUUCAACAAAUACAAGAGCCUUUGUGCAAAUCAGUUGCCAAAAAGACUGAUGCCUUUUAUUUCACUCCACUGAAGAAGCCAAAGCCUUGGUAGUGGUUUUCAAAAAUACCACUGGGCCACAACACGCUUACCAGCACAGUAAAACGCAUGUGUGCAGCGGGGGAAUUGAAGGGCGGAAGACGGAAGACGAAUCAUUCCUUAAGAGCCACAACAGCAACGCGCCUUUAUCGUGCUGGGAUUGACGAACAGUUGAUUUGUGAACAAACAGGACAUCGCACCGAAGCUGUAAGAAUUUACAAGCGUUCCUCAGAUGAACAGAAGUCUUCUGUAUCUGAUUUGCUCUACAUCCCUCCUAAGAAGAAGACUCAAACCACUUCCUGCACGGCGGUAAGAUCUUCGGAGAACGAGGAUGAGGCAAAGACUAAAACUGACGGACCCAAACAAGGUGGCCAUGGUGAAUCAAA